GAAACAGUUUUCUUACCUUGUCAAAUCUUUUUUUAAGCUUUUCCUUUAUAUUUUUUUUUAGUAGUUUAUGUUUAGCACAGUACUGUACAGUAUUUGCUUUUUGUUUGUUUGUUUUCAUGACUGUUGCUGCCUGAUUGUGUACUUCCAGUUCCAAAGGACCAGUCAAUUCGUAACACUGGUGUUCAUAACACUGAGAUUCUACUGUAUUUCACUGGGGCAUCUCUUUGUGAAAAUUCCUACAGCAUUCACUGGUCCUUUCUACCAUCACUGGAAUAUUACAUGUUCCUGUUAAGUGGCCUUUCUCCAAAAGAGAUCAGUAGUAGAAAAGGAAUGCAAGAGAUCAUGCAGGAAAACCUUUAGCAGGACUGUCUCCUCUGUCAUUCUAGGGGCCAUUGAGGUUAAGAGAAAGCACAAGCCCCUUGGCAAAGUCAGUCAGUUUUCAUCCAGUGACCUUGUCCUUUACAGUCUCAAAGCCCUUUAUGUAAAAGACAGAUUUGGGCCAUGUGUGGAUCAGACCCUGAGACUUUAAACCAAGUAUCCCAGCACUUUUGAUGCUGCUAAUUAUGCUGAUGCUGAGUGGCAGCUGAGGCUCAGUAGAUGGAGGAGCACUGUCUUACCUCCUUGCUCAGCUUCCUUUUUUGCACUUCCCACAUAGUUGCUCCUGCUGUCUUACUAAAGAAGUAAGUAUCCUAGUCUUGCUAAAGAAGAGUCAAAGAAGUUCUGUGAGACACUUAUUUAAAAGAGAGCCAGAGAAAUAGUUGCAUCUACGACUGUGUUUUCUGAAUCAGAACUUUCCAGAAGGUGAGAGAGUGGUGCUGAUGGACAGCUCCAGCUUAUUGCACAGUAACAAGUCUGGUUUUGCUGUCUCAGAGGAUUGGGAAACCAUCAUUGGGGUUUACUUGCUCACGCUAGGUUGGCUUUCUUGGCUUGGCAACGGAGGGGUGAUCUUCAUCAUGUACAACCAACGACAUUCCCUGGACCCUCAGGACUAUCUCACCUUCAAUCUUGCUGUCUCAGAUGCAGGCAUUUCCCUCUUCGGCUAUUCAAGGGGCAUUCUAGAGCUGUUUAAUGUUCUUAAAGAUGAUGGCUUUCUAAUCACUUCAGUAUGGACAUGCAAGGUGGAUGGAUUUAUAAUACUCUUUUUUGGUCUAAUCAGUAUUAAUACCCUGACAGCCAUCAGUGUCAUCAGAUACAUUAAAGGAUGCCAGCUCCACCAAGCUCACAAAAUUGAUAGAAAAAAUAUUACAUUAACCAUGAUUGUGAUAUGGGCAACUGCUCUUUUCUGGGCCAGUGCACCACUUCUAGGGUGGGGUAGCUAUACAGACCACAAAUAUGGAACAUGUGAAAUAGACUGGAUCAAGGCAACAUUUUCUGUUGUCUAUAAGUCCUAUGUGAUUGGAGUCUUUAUAUUUGGCUUCUUUAUUCCUGUCUCCAUCAUGGUUUUCUGUUACGUGUCCAUAAUAAAGACUGUUAAAUCAAGUCACAAGACCACAAGAGGUAAAAAAAUUAGCCAAAGGCAGCGGCUCAUGAAACGAAAUAUUACACAGGUGUCAUUUGUAAUUUGUUUUGCCUUUUUCCUGGCAUGGUCUCCUUAUGCAGUAAUCUCUAUGUGGUCAGCAUGUGGGUUUCAAGUGCCAGCAAUCACCAAUGUCCUAGCCAGCCUUUUUGCCAAAUCUGCCAGUUUUUACAACCCACUCAUCUACAUGGGAAUGAGCUCUAAAUUCCGUAAGGACGUCAGAAACCUUUUCCAGUGUCUCAACCGAGACAAGGAUUCAGCCCUACAAAUGCCAGUACAGAUGUUCAAUCAAAGAAAUGAGGCAGCUAUCCUCCUAAAACCACAGAGAGAGUUUGUGUCCAAAGUUCCUGAGGCUGAAACACCAGGCUUAGACAUGGAUUCAGUGCCCAGAGACAAUCCAAACCCUGCAUUUUGUUCUCCUGUUUCUAAUCAACUUACCACUUUUGAAGUAAAAACAAUUCAAAGGAAACAAAGUGGAUCUGGCUGAUUUUGAUCUGGAGAAGGUGAAAUAAGGACUAUUUUUUUUCUCUGAAGAUUAGAUUGCCACAGCAAACAACCAUUGUCUCUUGUCCUCAUCAGUCUGCUAAUAUUUCACAGAUGUUUACAAAUGUUCUCAUGUACAAUUUCCCAAUGACUAUAAAAAGCAUAGCAAAACUUAGAAUUGGUUCACGGAGAUUAGUUUUUGCCUAUUUUCUCUUUUUAAA